AUGUUUGGUACUUGGAAUUUCAAAAGAGCCUUUUCUGCGGCAGCUGUUUCAUGGAGGCAAUGGAGAUUGGUAGAAAAUAGACGAAUAGCUCAGCAACCCAUAUACCGUGUUGGUGAUUCUAAACCGCUUUGGGUCCCAAGAGAGAAUAAAGAGUUCCCAGAUUACAAGUAUGGUGAAUCCCGUGUUUUUAAGCAGAGUAACAAGGGUCUUUAUGGUGCAUCCUACGUGCAGUACGGUAAUAACAUCGCUGAAUCCAAAACGAAGACAAGAAGAAGAUGGUUACCAAAUGUCAUAAGGAAGGGCCUCUGGAGUGAGACCUUAGAACGUAAGAUUUCCCUAGGAAUGACCGCAAAAGUUUUGAGAACUAUAAGCAAAGAAGGUGGUAUCGAUAAUUACUUGACAAAGGAUAAAUCUGCAAGAAUCAAAGAAUUGGGGCCCACUGGUUGGAGAUUAAGAUAUCGUAUUAUGAGGCGGAAAGAACUGGAGGCCAAUAGACCACAUAAGGAUGCCGUCACCGUCAAUGCGGAGGAUGGUAAACCUGUGACCGUCUAUUACAAUGAGACGGUUAAGGGUUCGCCCAUUAAAGUUGUGGCCGGUAAAAGAAAGCUUCUCAAAUAUCUUUUCCCAUUGGAGAGGCAACAAGUAAGAGAAAGUCACGGUGAUUUGACCUACAAGGAGUUCUUGGACAAGCAUCAAAAUUUAGAGAUCAAAGAAGUUUUGGAGAGGUUAGACAAUCACGGAUUUGAUCUAAAGAGCAUUAGCAUAGCUUAG